AUGUGCGAAAUAUCGUUAGCCUUUGUGGCGCUACUUAGUUGUGAUGCGUUCAGCGCUGCAAACGAGACGCUUCACAGUGCUAAACGGCCGACCGGCGGUUACGAAACCGGCCAGCAGGAUCAUGCGAAAGAGUGCUCAAUGCCGUUGGUGGUUUGUAUCGCAGACGGCUGUCUGCGUGGCAUGACUAUGGAAGGUUGGUUGGAAGGACCAUUUGAAGCGUUUAUCGGAAUACCGUACGCGAAACCGCCGAUCGGGAAGUUAAGAUUUGCGAAUCCCGUACCGAACGAUCGUUGGAAAGCCGGAACGAUAUACAAUGCAACGGAGGAAAAACCGAUGUGCACCCAGAAAAACGAUCUUUUUCCGAAUGCGCCAGUUCAGGGAAGCGAAGAUUGUUUGUACCUAAAUGUUUAUCGACCAAAGUCGCAAAAUGACACCAAAGCGGCCCUACCGGUGAUGGUGUACAUCCAUGGGGGAGGAUUUUUCUCCGGUGGCGCAAGUACGUCGCUUUUGGGCCCGGAAUACUUUAUGGACACAAAGCGAACGAUUCUGGUGACCCUGCAAUAUCGGCUGGGAGUGUUCGGGUUUUUCUCCACUGGAGACGGGGCGGCACCGGGUAACUUUGGCCUUAAGGAUCAGGUUCUGGCGCUGCAGUGGGUGCGGAAAAACAUUGCCAAAUUCGGUGGCAAUCCGGAGCAGGUGACACUCUUCGGUCAGAGCGCUGGUGGUGCUUCGGUGCAGAUGCACAUGAUUAGUCCCAUGAGCAAGGGACUUUUUGCGAAGGCUAUUCCGAUGAGCGGCAGUGCUGUUUCACCGUGGAAUUUUCCCACCGCGAAACCGUUUGAGUUGGCCAUCAAACAAACGGAAGCGAUAGGUGUUCCCUGUGCGAGAAAUCUUUCGUCCAAGCAAAUCGUCGAUUUGCUACGCAAUGCAGAUGCAAGUGCACUCUCAGAGAGUAUUGUUAAGCUUAAGUUUUGGUCUAUUGACCCGCUAACACUGUACCGGCCAGUGGUGGAAUCUGCCAGCUGGUCCGAUCAGGCUUUUCUAGUGGAGGAUCCCCGCAUUGCGUGGCGGAAAGGCAACUACCAGCAACUGCCGUGGAUGGCCACUUUCGUGCCGAAUGAAGGCGCCGUUCGUUCCAUCGCCAUCACGUCCAACGAACAGCUGCUCAAGGAACUGAACGCCAACGUUAGCUAUCUGCUGCCCAUGUUGCUGGAAAAAGAGCCUUCCGAAAAACUGGUGGAGUCAAUAAAGGAGCGCUUUUUCAGCGACAGUCUUGAUGGGCCAUUGAUUACCCAAAGAAAUGCCGACCGUUUUAUGGAUAUGUACACAGAAGCGGGCUUCGCCUAUCCAAUCCAAUCAUCCGUAAAGGAGCACGUUAAGUUUGCCAACAUCAAGAAGGCUCCCGUCAGUGUUUAUAAGUUUAGCUUCAAGGGUCGCUACUCCUACUCGUUUAUCUACACCUUCACGCACCAGGACUACGGUGUGGUGCACUGCGAUGAUUUAAUCUAUCUCUUCCGAGCGCCGCUGCUCUUUCCGGAUUUUCCCCCCGACUCCAAGGAGGCUCGAAUGUCGAACAGUUUAGUUAAUUUUUUCAUCGAUUUCGCCAUCAAUGGAGUGGCAACUCCAUUGAAACCUUACCGGAAGUGUGAGAACGGCAACGAUGUACAUCAAUCGAUGACAUGCGAUGUGCUGGAGUUUACCAAUUCAGCGGACCCGAAGAAAGCUUUCGAUGUGCGCGUUUUCAACGGGAAGGACGAAGAAUUGUUCGCUUUUUGGAGUGAAUUUUACUGA